CAAAUUAAAUACCUUUUAAAAAAAGUGAUAAAUUUCUGAUUUCUAAAAAAUAUUGAUUUUUAUCUAAAUAGCUGCGAGGCUACUUGCGCAACGCUACUGGACAAUCGAUUGACGUAUCAUUUGUCAUUGUCAAAAACUAGGUUUGGGAGAUGAAAACGAAUAUACAUACACACAUACAGAACUAGAUCAGCCAUCUUUUUGAUGUUUUUGGGCAAAGUAGUACGUGUUAACGUGAAUUUCAAGCUUUUAAGCGGUGAAAUGGUGAAUAAAUGUAAUAACAUGUGGCAAAAACUUAAAAUUAUGUAGUAAAUAAAGUGAUAAACUUCUGUUACUUACCUCUAUAAAUUUCAAUAUAAUUAUAUGUUCUACCCAUACUAAAAAGCUACCUAUUUCAAUUAUAAAGUCCCAGUAUUUCAUGAAGCAAUGAGUAUCAUCUUAAAAAUCCUAUAUUUAAUUACAUAGAAUAUAAACAUGGCAAAUGUAAAUAUGGAAGAUGAAAUACAAAGUCCAAUAUCUGUUGUGAUCAAAAGUGAGAUAAUAGAGUGUGAUGUGGAGAUUAAAGUGGAGCCCCCAGAUGAAGAAGAAGCUUCAGUUGAAGUUACUUCUAGUGUUAAAAAGGAAUAUGAAGAAGGAACGGAAAAUUUGACUGUUAAAGAGGAAUAUGAUUCUAAUGCAGUUGAACAUAUAACAGUCAAGAUUGAACCUACUUUUUAUAGUAGUGAUGAUGAGCUGGACCUGGCCAGCUAUGCCCUAGCAAAAUAUCAAGAAACAGCUCAACCGCAGAACAAUCUUAGCCUGAGAACUCGCAUUAAGAUACCAAAGAGGUCAAAGGAUCCUGAUGAGGACUAUAAGCCACCAAAAAAGAAGAAAAAGGUCAUAAAUGAAAUAGUGAAGAAAACAUAUACGAACAAGGCAAAGAAAAAAGAAAACUGCUACUCCGACAAUGUGACAAAGAACAUAGAGCUAGUGACCAUAACGGAGGAAGAGAGAGAGAUAGAGUUCAGAGAUCUCUGGCAAAGUCGCCGGCAUAUGCGGUACUUUUGCGAAGACUGCGCUAUAGGCUUUGUUAUGGAGGAGCCGUAUUUGUUGCAUAUGAAAAGCCAUGCGCCGGAAGCAGGCGAGUUUAUGUGCGAGAUAUGUCGCUGUCGCGGCAACAAUAAGGAGCAAAUGUACAAACAUAAACUGCGACAUUUCCGGCGCUACCGCUGCGCCAUCUGCCGGCGUGUGUUUAAAGACAAGGAGACAGCGUCGAGUCACGUGAUGAGCGAACAUGUUCACGAGGCGUUCAUCUGUGGAGAGUGCGGCAAGGGAUUCAGGAGACCAGCCUACCUCAAGAAACAUGUCGCGCAACAACAUACAAAAGGGCAACGACACGAGUGUCCUAUAUGUAAACGCGUGUUCUUCCACCGGAGCAUGUACAACACACACGUUAGGCGACACAACGAAGAAGUCCGCAACCCAGUCGACCAGCUCUUCAUCUGCGACCUCUGCUCCAAGCACCUCAAAAGCAAGCAAGCAUUAAAGCGCCAUUUAGCGGUCCACGCCAGAACUCGCAACAUUCCGUGCUCGCUCUGCCCUUCCAUGUUUCAUACGAAAAAGGGAUUAAGACUACAUGAGCUCAACAAGCAUUCCGGAGAUAAAGAGCGGCGAAUGUUACAGCGAUGUCCGCAAUGUGAGCGCGAGUGUACGACUCCCGCUCUGCUGCGGCAACAUAUCAGACGGAUGCACACUGACAGAACCAAAAAGUACCAAUGUGAUGACUGCAAACGCUUCUACUGGAGCAAAGGCGAGAUCCGCUCCCACAUCGUCUGGUCGCACGCGCCGAGCCGCGGCAAGCGCGCGCUGUUCUGCUGCGGUCGCGAAUUCCGUACACGGAGCCGACUGAAGGACCAUAUUGCGAUACACCAUUUAGGUCACGAGAGGGAAAGGAUACAUAAGUGCGACCAGUGUGAUAAAGCGUUCGCGAACAAGCAAGUCCUUAACCGCCAUAAGAAGAGCCACACCGACAACACGUACCCCUGCCCCGACUGCGGGGUCCGCUUCAAGUGCGAGGGCUACGUCAAAGUGCACCAGCAACUCAAGCACCUCAACAUGACCCGAGCCGAAAUAAAGGCUUUAAAACAAGCCAGAAAAGCUUUGAACCCACCGAAAGGUUUACGACCCCUGUCAGUGGCGCCCAACUUUAAUGAACCACCAACAGAUUUACCUCUUUCAGGGGCGCCCAACAAUGAACCUCAAGAUUUGAGUGUGACUGUAACGGAAAAAAGUUUUGAGACAGUGUUAGUGAAGCAGGAAGUGGACAGUGAUAGUGAGAUUCGUGUGCCACUGUUCGAUUUAGAAGACUUGAAAAGUAGGGUGUGAUUAAAACAAGCCAGAAAAACAUUAAACCCAAGGUUUACGACCUCUGUCUGGGGUACCCAACUUUAAUGAACUAUCAAAAGGUUUACCUCUUUCAGGGGAGCUCAACAUUGAACCUCAAGAUUUGAGUGUGACUGUAAAGGAAAAAAGUUUUGAGACAGUGUUAGUGAAGCAGGAAGUGGACAGUGAUAGUGAGAUUCGUGUGCCACUGUUCGAUUUAGAAGACUUGAAAAGUAGGGUGUGAUUAAAACAAGCCAAAAAAGCAUUAAACCCACCGAAACGUUCGUAAACGUUUCGGUGGGUUUGUCCCCUCUGUCAGGGGUACCCAACUUUAAUGAACUAUCAAAAGGUUUAUUUCUUUCAGGGGCGCCCAACAUUGAACUUCAAAAUUUGAGUGUGAAAGAAAGAAAUUGAAAUUUGAAAAGAAAAUAGGUUUUGAGACAGUGUGGCAAAUUUAAAAUGGACAGUGACAGUAAGAUUAGUGUGACGCUGUUCGAUUAGGAAGAUUUGAAAAGUAUGGUGUGAUGUGAGUGAAAAAGUAUUUAUCAAAUCCUUGCAGGGGUAUUAAUGUAAUAGUCUACAUUUAUUGUAAAGAAAUUGUGUCGCAAGAGAGCGAAACGAAAUGAUAUUUAUAAUCAUGAACAAUGCGUAGUGAGGGGAUUCUAAAAUAUAAUGCUGAACGUAGUGAGGGAUUCAAGUGUAAUAAAAUUGUAGCCCAAGACCAUUUUGAUGAUCAAUGAUGUUGUGAAAAGUAUUUGAACGUAUUAUGUAUUGAAUCUAGUCUUCGCUUUGUAAUGUGAUGUAGAAUAAAUGAUUUUACAGGUGAUCGUAUAAUAUAAUACAGUGGGUAUAUCGUCAGAUGACGACCAAAACUCAGUAAUUAUAAUUACUAUCACAAGUUAAGAGCCAUAGAGAACCA